AAGUAAAUUGUAACUGCACCUCUACCUUUAUUCUGAAGUCAGUUUUUGACAUUCCAAUGUGGCAUUGAGUUGACAAGAGACAGAAGACUCUGAGGCAACAUGUGUAAAGAGAUGUUGGACUGAAAAAAAUCAGAGGAGGGAGUAAAUAGCUCAAUUUGCUGGUGUGACCUUGACAGACUGAUGACGAAUAAAGCGUCUACUUAUCACAUUUUGAAGAGCUAAUUAACAGCGCAGCAGGAGUACACUUGGCGAUGAAUGAUGUUACCACAAUGAAUGACAUGUCUACGGUUGAUGAUGAACUGCUGGCUUCAGCCACUAUGGAUCUCAAUGGGGACCCCAACUAUUCAGUACCUAUGGGAGCUGAGCAAAAAACUGUAUUUGCAUUUGUGAUUUUCUUAUUGGUUUUUCUGAUAAUCCUGGUGGUCCGAUGUUUUCGGAUUUUGCUGGAUCCCUACAGCAGGAUGCCUGCUUCAUCAUGGUCUGAUGGCAAAGAUGGGCUGGAGAGGGGACAGUUUGAUUAUGCCUUGGUGUGAAGUCUGGAGUGAGAUUCUGAAACCUUCGCCUCUGCUCAGCUGCUAAUUCUCUUUUCUGUUUCAGUUUUGUAAAUAAUUGGCUUCUUAAUGUUUUGAAGGUACAUUCUGGUUGAGAUAAAAUCUUCCUUGAGCUUGCAUCAUUAUCUAGGUACAGUCUCUUUCUUGGGCUUGCUAGCAGUGUUUGAAAUCACUGAUACAUAUGGUGUAAUGCAACAUGAGUGAUAUUGUUAAAUCAGCUUGUGUGGCAGAGUGUCUACUGUCCAGAUUUGGAACCUGGGGUUGCUGAAAACCAGUGACUGCUCCUAUUUAUUGGCUGUAUUUGGAUUCAUUGUCUCACUAAUGCUUACAAAGAAGAAUUUUAAUUGGCGUGAACAGGCAGAGGGUUGUCUGUGAUAACUCUUAAAAACUAGAGUAGGAUUUCUCGAUGGUGAAAGAACAGAGGAAAGCAAACCAAAACAUGCAGAAAGAGGAAGAGAAAUGGAGGGAUCCAGAAAGAGAAUGAGUGAGGUUAGUAAUUAAUUUCAGAACCUAGCUCUCUUAGAUCCAGGUAAAAAGGAAACUAUGUGAAAUUCUUAGGUUACUUAGCUGGCCAAAAUGUUUAGAAAAAAAAACUGCAAGCUCUCUCAGUUAGCAUGAUUAAUGUUAAAUUUAAACAGCAUCUGCAUUUCCAGUUUUUAAAAGCUCCUUUGAUGACUCAGUUUUGCUGUAAGUUGGUGUAACAAUUGAUAGAGACACGAUGCUCUGCAAGCUGCAUAGCACAAUUUUCUGGAAGAUUGGAUAUUUAAUGGCAUUCAUGGGAGAUGAACAUCUUUUGCAAGGCCAGCAUUUAUUGCCCACCCCAAUUGCUAUCAAGAAGCUUGGUGCUUUCUUGAACUAUAGUAUUUUUGAGGCACAGGUACAUGCCCAUCGUGCUACUGGGGAUGGAGUUCCAGGAUUUUACCCAGCAAUUGUGAAGUUAAGGUAAUAUUGCUGUAAAAUCAGGGUGAUUGUGGUUUGGAGAGGAAAAUGCUGCUUUGAUUAGGAUAUUUGUGGUAUAGUUGGAUCAUCUCCCAUCCAGGGAAGUGGAGAAUAUUCCAUUACUGUCUUGAAUGGAGUAGUGGAAAAGCUUCAGGGAACCAGGACAUGGGGGUACAUGCCACAGAAUUCUGAAACUCUGACCUGCUUUUAUAGCCACAGUAUUUAUAUGGCUGGUAUAAUUACAUUUCUGGUCACUGGUGACCCAGAAUACUGAUUGGGGACAGGAUGUGGUAAGGGGCAGGGUGGGUAGAGGUGUGUCGAUGAUGGUAAUCUCAAUGACUGUACAAGGGGUUAGUCAGAUUCUCUCUUGUUGGAGAUAAUCAUUACCUGGCACCGGUGUGACUCAUUAUUUGUCACUGUCAGCGCGUUCCUAAAUGUUGUCUGUGUCUAGCUGCAUUUGGACAGUAUUUGAGGAGUUGUGAAUGGCAUUGAGCACUAUCACAUCACCACACAUAUUUAUUUGUAACCUUGGAGGGAAGGCCAUUAAUUGAACAGCUGAAGACGAUAGAACUUAGGACACUACCCUGACACUACUUCAGGGCUCUUGUGGUGCAGUGGCAGUGCCCUUACUUCUGAACUGGAAGGCCUGGGUUCAAGGCUUACCUGUUUUGGGUCGAGACCCGUCUUCAGAAACCCUUCUACAGCUUCACACUGUGUUAUCUCUGACUGCAACAUCGGCAGUUCUUACUAUCUUUGAGCAUGGGAACUGCAGGUUUACAGGGAUGGGGUGGGUUUGGGUGGGCUGCUGUUUAGACAGUCAAUGAGCUGAAUGGUCUGCUUCCACACUGUAGGGAUUCUAUGAUAAUACUUUUGGUGGUGGAUAUAUGAUCAUUUGUUUGUGAUUAGUGCCUGUACUAUAGCCAAUUGUUAAAACAAAGUCAAUUUUCACAUUUUGCAUCAACAGAAAUAGGAACAGUAGUGAGACAUUCAGCCUUUGCAUCCAUUGUGCUAUUGAAUAUGAUCAUGACUGAUUUACACUUUAAAUCAUUUUACCUCAUAUUGCUCCUUAUCCAUUGUCAUUUUCUUUUCAUGUCAUUUGAUCUCAGUCGAGAAAACUUCAUCUGAUCCAACAAUGGCUGUAGAUGCUGGAAAUGCAUUCUACAUUCUCAAUGCCCAGUUGCUUUUAUAUGAAAAGAUUCAAUCUGAUUCAAUUCCUAAUGGUGUACUGUAAUUUUAAGAUUAUAUCCCCCUGAUUUGGAUUCCCUGAAGAGAUAGGGAUGCAGAGGAAGAGAAACCUACUGAAGUGGGUAGUAGCAGUAUGGAUAGAGAUUAGUUAAAAGACAGAAAAGUGGUUAACAGAAGUUAAUGUUGGGUCAGUUUGUCUCUCUGGUUUCCCCUGCAGUACCCUAACAAAUAUCUUGAUUCAAUUCCAGCCCAGACAGUUGGAUGUAAAUUUCCUCUGAAAGGAAUUAUGUUAACUGAGAAUAGGACAGGAAACUCCCAUUCCCAAUUCAUGUAUGUCCAUGUUCAAACGUAGAAAUAACAGACAGGUUAAGACUUAUUUGUUCAUUUAGGCUGUCCUACACAUUUGUGAUGCCUUCUACCCCAUCUAAGAGCCAUGUAAUCUCAUAAGAGAGGAAUAAAACCAGAUUAAAAUUGGGUCAAACAGAGGGAAAAAUAGUGGAAAAUUUCUCUCCGUCUCUCUCUUAGGCAAACAUCCAUAAACAUUUACUUCCCCUACAUCUCAUGGUCAGUAGCAGCAGGGUGUAUCAUCUCCAAGAUGUAUUGCAGAAAUUCCCCAAGUGUCAUAAGACAGCAUCUUCCAAACCAACAACCACUAACAUCUAGAAGAAUAAGGGUAGCAGAUACAUGGGAACACCACCACCUGUAAGCCAUUCACCAUCCUGACUUGGAAAUAUAUCACUGAUGCUUUGGUGUUGCUGGGUCAAAGUCCUGGAAGUCCCUUCCUAACAGCAUUGUGAGUUUGUCUAGACCAAAUAGAUUAUAGCAGUUCAAGAAGGCAGUUUCUCAAGGAUACAAUAGCUGCUGGCUCAGCCAGCAAUACCCUCACCUCGUGAAUGAAUUAUUAAAAAAAACUGUCAAUCUCAGAAUUCCUCAUUCUGUGCAUAGCUGAGGUUCCAGUGCACUCUAAGCUGGGUUUGGAAACUGAGGACAACAUUAAUACAAAGCAUAGGGAAAUAUAUCGAUUAGUUACGGUUCUGGUUCCACUCUACAAGGAUUUUUUUUAUAGCCAUUAGGGAGUGGCACAGCUUUCAAAUUAACUCUUAGAUUGAACAGACCUAUUAGGAGCACUGUUUGUGAUCUGCUCAGCAGGCUGUUACUGUGCAUUAAUGUCUGUUUCUGGACAAUUGGAUUCCUUGAUUUAAAUUUAUUGAUUCAGUUUGUGCACAAGCAAUUGCAUUCUAUGAAAUCAAUAAGUGUUGGAUGCUUCUCAUAAAGGGAAAUGAUUAACUUAGUUAAACUAAUUAAGAGUUGAGAGGGGAUGCCCAGCCUCUCAAUCUCCAGCCACACAGCUAUCUAAUUCCCUCUGGGAUCAUUUCAUUCUCAGAAUGACAAGGAGGGUGUCUGAACCCACACUCUGGAGAGCUCCUUAAUUGUAAUGUGGAUAAUUUCGGUCACUGGAGUCGACACAGAUCUCAGCUGAGAAAUGAGAUGACUAUUACUAAAUCUAUGUUUUAUUCAAAUCCCAUCCCCUGCUCAAUGUUGGAGGUCACUUCUUUUCCGUAAUGGGUAUUUGUUUAUCAAGUACACUUUGUUGGAAUAAUCUGAUCAUUAUCACUGAUUGUUUGGAAUGUGAGUGAUAUUGUUUCACGACACAAUAAAAAUGUAAAACCAAAAGAUGCACACUUCAAGUUUGAUGUCCACUUUGGGGGUCAAUGAACAGCAAUUUGGAUAGUUAACUGCCUCACAGUGUGGAAAUAGAUUGGGUUACUCCUACUGAAUUGCAGGAAGCUGAGUGUCAGCUGUGGCUCAGUUGAUAACAUUCUCACUUCUAAACCAUCCAGUUGUAAGGUAAAGGCCCAAAACUCAAAGUUAUGCUCAAAUACAGUACUGAGGAGAUGCUAAGGAGUAGCAUCAGCUUCUCUUAUAGGUAGAUAUAAAAGAUUACAUCAUGCAUUUUCAAAGGAUAACAAGGAGAUAGCUGUAUAUCCAGGCCAGCAUCUAUCCCUCAACACCAAAAUAAAAAAUCAUCCAGCUCCACACUUUGUUAUCUCAGAUUCUCCAGCAUUUGCAGUUCCCAUUAUCAGCUGAUCUUAUUAUCACAUUACCGGUUGUGGGAAUUAGCUGCCAUGUUGCAACAAUAACUACUCUUCAAAGUACUUUUGUUGACUAUAAUGACCUAUGAUUGUAUGAAUGUGAAACUUUCUUUAGUUGGCAUUGGUUGAUUGUGUCUUCAAGUGCUAAGACUCUGAGAUCUGGAAUCCCUCUCCUUACCUGUACACCUCAUUGUUCCCUUUUAACACACUUUGAUCAACUGCCCUAAUAUGUUGCUUAGAGUCAAAUUUGGCUAUUAACUAUCCUGUGAAGCCUCUUGGGAUGUUUUAUUAAAUAUGUGCCACAAAAAUACAAGUUGUUUUUGAAAACUGAUAGGUAAUUGUGGGUAUUGAUUGGAUGGAAGAUUCAGAGGUAUUUUUAGCUCCUUGUUAUUUAUAAGGACAUUGAGUAGUUGUUACGUCCCUGUCCAUUGACUCCCACUGAUACGUUAGACUACGCUGUGAAGAACAAUCAAUUAGGAUCCUCUCUUAGACUUCUCCCAAUCUGUCACGUAAACCUUUGUUCCUGUCAUUUUCUUGUCAUACUUCUGUUGUGUUAAAUGGGAUGCCUGUUAUGAUAAUAGGAAAUGCUUAGCUUUCAAUAGAAAUGGAAUAGAAGUGAUUUGUUCAGCUCUGAUUUGUGAGUUUGACUUUACAUAAGUGGGACUUUAUACAAGAUGGAUUUUUUUUCUUGUCAGUACAAUAAUAUUGACUCUGAUCUCGUACUAGGUUCUAUGCUGGACUCCCACCAGAGGUGCAUGUUCUGCCCUGCUCUGCUCUGUGUAGCUUCCUCUCUUGUACAAAAUCUUCCAUGACUGUAUAAAAUAUACUGUUGCCAAUGCAGAUUGCAAUGGAGCCCUGUGUCCUAUCUGUCAACCAGGGUGAAAGCUUAGCCAGAUUCUAUAACAUGCUUGAAUUCUAGUAACAACCUCUGGCAAGAGGGGUAGUUAUAGAUGGUAAAGUCUAUACACUGUAUUCUGUGUGCUUGUCACUAUUGUCAACUGUGUGUUUUAGUAUAGGAAAAGCAACAUGACAUAAUAUUCUAGAAACACACACACAUAGAGAUCCCCAUGUUAUCUGCUUAAAAUGAGAACAGUGUUUAGGAUAUAAAACUAGAUUCAAUCAAUGGUGCCACCUCAGUGUUCCAACUUUCUGCUUCAGUGUGUUAUGUAUUAGUUUCAGCUAUUCAUCUACUGAUUGAUAGCUGAACCUGCCCAGGUGGAACAGAAAGAGCCGGUGGAAUCGAACAGUCAGUGAUUCUGCUGUACCUACUGUGUCCUGGGGCUGAAGGGAUACCCAUUUAGGCUGAUAGCAGGCAAUUCCACUUUAUACUUGAGACAUUUCACAGGAUGGAACUGUUCUGUGACAGACCCUCCAAAUGACAACUAAGAGUUGAAAAUAAAAUACAUUCAGGAACCAGUGUGGUCCUCAUCUAUGAAAUCAUGCUAUUGAGAUAAAUGAAUUAAUAUCUGUAUAAAAUUGAGAGAUGUCAGAUAUUAUUAAUCUUACUGUUAUUCAGGCCUGAUGUACAUGACACAAUCUGUCUGCUUUUAUGUGGUUUUAGGAAAUAUGAGUAUAAACAAUAUGAAGAAUGUUGGAAUUCAAUUAAAAGCUAAUUUUAAGCGUUCUUAGACUAGAGUUUUGAAUAUUAGACUAAUUAUAAGUAGAGUCCCUUUGUACAAACAAUAUUUUUUAACAAGUAUUAUUAGAUUGGUUGAGGAUCAUGAGAAGAUAUGACUUAUUAACAUGGGAGUCUUGGUUUAAUUUAUCUUUGCUUAGUUUUCAGGAGCAGAGGUACCGUUCCUGAUUUUAGGGAACAAACCUAUUUCAUGGUGAAAAGCUCAGCAGGCCUGGUAGCAUCUGUUCCUCAGAUCAGUUCUGAGGAUGGGUCAUUCAACCCGAAAUGUUACCACUGAUUUCUCUCCUCAGAUGCUGCCAGAUCUGUUCCUCAGAUCAGUUCUGAGGAAGGGUCAUUCAACCCGAAAUGUUACCACUGAUUUCUCUUCACAGAUGCCGCCAGAUCUGCUGAGCUUUUCCAACAAUUACUGUUUUUGUCUUUGAAUUCCAGCAUUGGCAGUUCUUUCAGUUUUUCUAUUUCAUGAUGGUCUUCUAACCAGAUUAAGGCUUUUUGUAAAAGACGGCACGGGAAUGGGAUUAAUAUCUGUUUUCUUUUUGAGGUAGGAGUCUCCGAGGUUGUUGCUGUGUUGGAAAUAAUUGUGAUUUUUGUUUUGGAUUAUUUCGAGAUUUUUCCGGUUAAACCUGCACAAAAUUCAUACAUCCCCUCAUUUCACUAAAUCUUAAGAAAAACUAACAGUAUGUGCCCUGGAAUUUGAACCAUUUUGAAACAAGUGGUUGAUUUUUGUUUUCACUGACCUGUGGGAUGUGGACGAGGGCUAGCUGUUAUUGCCUGUCCUUUGAAAAGGUGGUAAUUGUACAAAAGACCACUUUGCAGCCAUAGCAUUUUAAAAUUGUCAAUGUUAUGUCACCGAAAUGCUAAGAUAAAACAAUUUUUUAUUAAAGAGGGGCAGAUCCCAUCUAAGGGCCCUGGAUGAGUGGAACUUUUUACUUUAACCCUGCUAAUAUUUAUUCAUGUGCUCUUGCUCCCUUCUCACUGCAUUGAAAUCAGUACUUCUCAUAAAGCCUCAUGCUCCAUCACAUUCAUCCUCAGAACUUCAAACUGUGGAAUUCUUCCUCAGUCUUUGCUUCAUCCUAGUCUGUAAGCUCCCAAAACUCAAAUUUACCACCUGUUGCUAUGCCUGGUGCCCUCUUUAACCUUGGUUCACAGUUCUUCUUCUGACUUCUGAGUAGCAACAUCAACAAUUGAAAGUUUUCAAUUAACAUGAUAUUCUAAAUCAUGUGAAACUCUGCAUGGGAUCAGUCGGAAUGAAGAGCAGCAGUAUGAGGUGGUGACCCAGCCGGUAGUCUCAGAUCAGACACAGUAGCUACCACUGUUCCCUAUAAGCUGUGUGUGUGUGGCUAUGCAGAGCAAAACAAUGUUCCUUUAGCCAUCAAUGUUAAAGGGACCACACAAUCCACAGCAAGCAAGUUAGAGGCAAUACUGGCAUCUGAUCAGCUUCAGAAUAACUACAGUGUACCUGCAGUCUGAGACCAUUCUGAGUGUAGAUAUUUUACCCAAUCAAUUUAUCAGAGCUGUUAUUACAUGACUCUGCAGUAGGCUGGACUUGAAGCCAGACCUCCCCUGCGAAUGGGCAUCCAAUGAUCAGACUCCGAUCAGGUGCUGUGUAAACUCCCAAAAACCUGUGUUUAAGACUCCGGGAACAGUCUUAAAUUACAAUUUUUGCAAAUUUAUUCUGACAGUACGGGCUGGUGAUGUUCCAUCUCAAAUUGCAGCAAGCAGCUUUGCACAGUUAAAUUAUCGACAUGAUGCUGUUGUGAAUCAAAGUGAUGGAUGAUUAACUUUGGAAGAUAAUAAAUGACUGAUUCCUGGCAGUCACUGUAUGGAUGUCAUGACAGUGCUGACCCAGUACCUGGUCAUUAAUUAUACCACACAUGCAGCUCAUUGGUAAAGAAUUGUUAUUUUUACAAGGAAAACAGGCAGAUUUUUAGAGAUAUUCAUAGGACAAAUGAUGCUGAAAAUGUUAGGAGUAUGGAUGAUUUUGAUGGAUAUGUGACAAAAGCGUUGACAAAGGCUGUUACGGUGCAAUGGUAGAGUCCCUACCUCAGAACCUGGGGACCUUGGUUCAAGCCCUACCUGCUCCAAAGUUGUGUAAUAACAUCCCUGAAAAGUUUGAUUUUUAAAAAAAUGUAUGAAGAGUUGAUGUGUAGUUUUGAACAAUUAAGUAAGAGAGGAAAACCUCUCAUGCUCACUUACACAUGCAAUCUGUUGUGUAAAGCUAGGGAGAUGGCAUCGUGCCAGUGGAUCAAAUGGCCUGCCCCUGUGCAUUGUUGCACUCAUUGCGAGGUUCAAUGCUGUUCUGAAAUGUUACCGGUUUAGUGAUGUUUGGCACAAGGUGAUUUUGUGAUAAUUGUGUUCCCUUUGUGACUAGAACUGUCCAGUGGAAUGUGAAUGCUGUAUGGUGUAGGAUUUUUUAACCCUGCUUGUGUGCACAUGGGAAAUGGAUGAUGUGUUGUAUUUCUAGUCCUUAAAUAAAAUUGUACACAUUUAAAAA